AUGGCUCCAGUCCAGGCACCGAAGAGAAAAAAGACAAGGAGGCAGCACCCAGAGUCUUUGACAUCCGAGCACAGGCCAUUGGAGACAGGCGGAACCGGGGAGUCGACAGGGGUACCAAAGGACAUUGCCACUCCCUUCGAGGCUCAGCUGCUCAAGGUCGGGCUUGACCUACGGAUUCAAAAUGAGCAGCUGCAGCAGCAGAUGAGGGAAAUGCAAGUCUGUGUGGCACAGGUGCUCAGGCACGUUGUGUCAUUAAAGCACCAAGAAGAGCAGCCGAGGUUUGGGGAACGGGCGACACCCCAGGAAAUGGCCAGGCCCGAACCACCCGAGCUGUUCCUGAUGCCCAUUUGCGACAUGGAGCAGCUUCGUGCUGCGGAGGCGCGGCUAAAAAACCCCGCCGACAGGACACUGCUGGAGGAGCAGCUCCUGUCUUUAGGAGACGGGAAGACGCUGCAAAAAGUGGUACGAGAGAUUGUGGGGCGCCUGCUCUCGAAACAAGUCCAGGAGCGGUUCUCCCUCCUGGGCUACCGAGGAAAAUCGAGAUUCAAGGACACCACAAUGUGCAAGCUGGUCAUUGGUGCCAUAAAAAGUCGCACUGAAGGGUGCAGCCUGGACGCGAUGGAAAAGCGGCUGAGCCGCUUCCUAUCGGGUGCGUCCGAUAGGGAGGAAGGCAGGGCUAACAGAGUCAAGAAGACUUCCUCGGUGCCUCCAACCAUUUCGGAUGAUGAGGGAACGGCUUCUGCUGAGCAGCCAGCUGCUAUGAUUGAAUCUCAAUAA